GGGGACUUGGACCAGCGGUUAGAAGCAGCCAUUUUGUGACAUGACUAUCACCAUGCCGGUUAUGCCGCGCUUUCUGAGUCCAGAAAUGUGAGCCUGUCAAGUCUGGAGUACAGUCGGAGCCCAGAGUGUGCCUGGCUUCUGCAUCAGAGGAAGUAGCAAUUUUGACCAGGAAUACAGAAUAACCACUUUCCUUAAGAACCUGGACAGUAAAAGCAGAAUCUGGUAAAACUAACCAUCGUUCAAGACCUGUGAAUUCAUCCUUGUCAGCUGCACAUUUUCCCCGCUUCUGUUUCCAAAGAAACCCAGCAUGGAGCCUUCCAAGAACAGCCGGAGAGACAGCACUCAGUCUCAAAGGGAUACAAGGGACCCGGAGGGUGCCCAAGCCUCCAGAGUUGAGGCAGGGGAAGCAGAGGCCAUUGACACCACCUCAGAGAAUGUGAUGGGUUCAUCCCAGAGAGCUUCCACUCACUCCUCUGCAAGGGCAUCUAUGGAUGCCUCUGGCAGCCAAGCAAGAGAAGUGUUUGACCCUGACAUCCCUAGCCAGGAAGUACUCAAUGCUAAAACAAUUGAUGUAGUUCUCUUCUUGCUCCUUAAGUAUAGGAGACAGCAGCACACUUUCUGUAAGGCAGAGAUUCUGUAUACGGUCAUCCGAGGUUAUGAGGAUCACUUCACUUCCAUCUUUGCUAAGGCAUCUGACUGCUUGAGGCUGACGUUUGGCCUUGAAAUAGUAGAAAAGAACCCCCGUGUCCAUUCCUACUCUCUUGUCCAUGCCCUUGGGAUCACCUACGAUGGCAUGCGUCAUGGUUUUCCAGGUGUUCCCAAGACGGGCUUAGUAAUCAUGGUACUAUGCAUCAUCUUCAUAGAGGACAAUUGUGCCAGUGAGCACGUGUUGUGGCGUGUAUUGAAUAACAUGGGGCUGUAUGCAGGGAGAGAUCAUUUUGUAUAUGGAGAUCCAGGGAUUCUCGUUACUGAGCAUUUUGUGCAGGAGGGUUAUCUAGAAUGCAGACAGAUGGCAGGCAGUAAUCCUCCUAUCAAGGAAUAUCUGUGGGGCCCAAGGGCACAUGCUGAAACCACCAAAAUGAAAAUAUUGAAGUUUUUUGCCAGCAUCGUUAAACAGGAUCCCAGAUCUUAUCCCACUAGGUAUGCAGAUGCUUUGCAAGAUGAGAUAGAUAGGGCCUAGGUCAGGUUCACCUAACAGAUGGUACUAUGUUCUGACCAGCACACAUUCUACUGUACUGGCCGUUUCCAUCCAACAUUAGGUCAGGCAGACUCUAUGUACCAUACCCUCAUUUGAGAGCUGGCAAGAGGGGACUGUGAACCAUUCCAUUCUUCCUGUACUGACUGUGACUCUCGGGGUUCCUUGUCACACCAUCUUGCUACUUUUACUCUAGCACACAUUCCAGUAUGCUGGCCGUUUCCAUCCAACAUUAGGUCAGGCAGACUCUAUGUACCAUACCCUCACUUGAGAGCUGGCAAGAGGGGACUGUGAACCAUUCCAUUCUUCCUGUACUGACUGUGACUCUCGGGGUUCCUUGUCACACCAUCUUGCUACUUUUACUCUAGCACACAUUCCAGUAUGCUGGCUGUUUCCAUCCAACAUUAGGUCAGGCAGACUCUAUGUACCAUACCCUCAUUUGAGAGCUGGCAAGAGGGGACUGUGAACCAUUCCAUUCUUCCUGUACUGACUGUGACUCUCGGGGUUCCUUGUCACACCAUCUUGCUACUUUUACUCUAGCACACAUUCCAGUAUGCUGGCCGUUUCCAUCCAACAUUAGGUCAGGCAGACUCUAUGUACCAUACCCUCAUUUGAGAGCUGGCAAGAGGGGACUGUGAACCAUUCCAUUCUUCCUAUACUGACUGUGACUCUCGGGGUUCCUUGUCACACCAUCUUGCUACUUUUACUCUAGCACACAUUCCAGUAUGCUGGCCGUUUCCAUCCAACAUUAGGUCAGGCAGACUCUAUGUACCAUACCCUCAUUUGAGAGCUGGCAAGAGGGGACUGUGAACCAUUCCAUCCUUCCUGUACUGACUGUGACUCUGGGGGUUCCUUGUUAUACCAUGUUGCUACUGUUACUCCAAGGCUCAUUAACUGGACAUUUUAAAAUUCAUAAAUGUCACCAAUAAUGCAUCAU